GGCUCCUCCUCCUCCUGCCGGUCGGUCCCAGGGCGCAGGGCUGACAUCACGCCCGGGGUUUCCAUCCGACGGAGGGAGGGGGAGGCUGAGCGGAGCGGCAGCGUGAUGGCGGCGGUCGGCAGGACUUAAGCGGCGGUGGCGGAGCGGAGCGGCGACCAGCCCGGUUCUCCCUGCGCCCCUCCCUACCCGGUUCGGGGCCCUCAUUGUUCGAACGGAGCCCACCCCACCGCGCGGGGCUGCGAGGAGCCGGCGGCCAGCGGGAGGAGCGGCGGCCCAGGCCCCGCCGCGGCCGCAGGAGCAGCCCCCGACCCUGGGCUGCGGCAGGGAGCUCCCCGUGGCGCGUAGCGCAGUCGCGGGCCGGGGCGGCCCUGGGAAGGCCGGGCCGGGCCGGGCGCACGCAGGUAUUUUGGGAGCAAUCUUGAAUACCUGCAGAGAACACUAGAGCAAACACAUCACCUGGAAAAGAUACAGAAUACCAAGAAGUGGAUUCUUGAUAUCCACCUUGUAACCUGAGUGGACUUUUAUUUAUCUUUUAAACUUCUUAAAAUUUACAAUGAAUGGGCACAGUGAUGAAGAAAGCAUAAGAAACAGUAGUGCAGAGUCAAGCCAAUCAGAUGAUGAUUCCGGGUCAGCAUCAGGUUCUGGAUCUGGUUCAAGCUCUGGAAGCAGUAGUGACGGAAGCAGCAGCCAGUCAGGCAGCAGUGACUCUGACUCUGGUUCAGAGUCAGGCACUCAGUCAGAAUCAGAGUCUGACACGUCUAGAGAGAAGAAACAAAUUCAAGCAAAACCACCAAAAGUUGAUGGAUCCGAGUUUUGGAAGUCUAGUCCAAGUAUACUUGCUGUGCAAAGAUCAGCAGUGCUAAAGAAGCAACAGCAACAACAAAAGGCAGCCUCAUCAGACAGUGGCUCAGAAGAGGACUCAUCAAGUAGUGAAGAUUCUGCAGAUGACUCAUCCAGUGAAACCAAGAAGAAAAAACAUAAAGAUGAAGACUGGCAAAUGUCGGGAUCAGGGUCAGUAUCGGGAACUGGUUCCGAUUCUGAAUCAGAGGAAGAUGGGGAGAAAAGCAGUUGCGAAGAGAGCGAAUCUGACUAUGAGCCAAAAAACAAGGUUAAAAGCCGUAAACCUCCAACCAGAAUUAAGUCAAAAAGUGGGAAAAAGGGUGCAGUACUGAAAAAGAGGCAGCUUGAUUCAUCAGAGGAUGAGGAAGAGGAGGAGGAUGAUGAUGAUGAUGAUUAUGAUAAGAGAGGAUCUCGUCGCCAGGCAACGGUCAACAUUAGUUACAAAGAAGCUGAAGAAACCAAGACAGAUUCUGAUGAUUUGCUUGAAGUUUGUGGAGAAGAUGUCCCACAACCUGAAGAAGAUGAAUUUGAAACUAUAGAGAAGUUCAUGGAUAGUCGAGUUGGCCGAAAAGGAGCCACGGGUGCUGCAACCACCAUCUAUGCAGUUGAGGCAGAUGGUGACCCAAAUGCUGGGUUUGAAAAGUCAAAGGAGCCAGGAGAAAUACAAUAUCUUAUUAAAUGGAAAGGCUGGUCACACAUCCAUAACACUUGGGAAACUGAGGAAACGCUCAAGCAACAAAAUGUUAAAGGAAUGAAGAAACUGGACAACUAUAAGAAAAAGGAUCAGGAAACAAAACGAUGGCUGAAAAAUGCUUCUCCAGAAGAUGUGGAAUAUUACAACUGCCAGCAGGAGCUUACAGAUGAUCUGCAUAAACAGUACCAGAUAGUGGAAAGAAUAAUUGCUCAUUCAAAUCAGAAAUCAGCGGCUGGUUAUCCAGACUACUACUGUAAGUGGCAGGGUCUGCCUUAUUCAGAAUGUAGCUGGGAAGAUGGUGCGCUCAUUGCCAAAAAGUUUCAGGCACGCAUUGACGAGUACUUUAGCAGAAAUCAAUCCAAGACCACUCCCUUUAAGGACUGCAAGGUUUUAAAGCAGAGGCCAAGGUUUGUUGCACUAAAGAAACAACCAUCAUACAUUGGAGGACAUGAAAGUUUAGAGUUAAGAGAUUAUCAGCUAAAUGGAUUGAAUUGGCUUGCUCACUCCUGGUGCAAAGGGAAUAGCUGUAUUCUCGCAGAUGAAAUGGGCCUGGGUAAAACAAUACAAACAAUUUCUUUUCUGAACUACCUGUUUCACGAACAUCAAUUGUAUGGCCCUUUCUUGCUGGUUGUGCCACUUUCUACCUUGACAUCUUGGCAAAGAGAGAUUCAAACUUGGGCUCCUCAGAUGAAUGCUGUAGUUUACUUAGGAGAUAUAACUAGCAGAAAUAUGAUAAGAACUCAUGAAUGGAUGCAUCCACAGACCAAACGAUUAAAAUUUAACAUACUUCUAACAACAUACGAAAUUUUGCUAAAGGAUAAGUCAUUCCUUGGUGGUCUGAAUUGGGCAUUCAUAGGAGUUGACGAAGCUCAUCGUUUAAAAAAUGAUGACUCUCUUCUGUACAAGACUUUAAUUGACUUUAAGUCUAACCAUCGUCUUCUUAUUACUGGAACGCCUCUGCAAAACUCCCUCAAAGAGCUUUGGUCUUUGUUGCACUUCAUCAUGCCAGAAAAGUUUUCCUCCUGGGAAGAUUUUGAAGAGGAGCAUGGCAAAGGGAGAGAGUAUGGUUAUGCAAGUCUUCACAAAGAACUUGAACCGUUUCUACUGAGAAGAGUUAAAAAAGAUGUAGAAAAGUCUUUACCUGCUAAAGUUGAGCAAAUUCUGAGAAUGGAAAUGAGUGCAUUGCAGAAGCAAUAUUAUAAGUGGAUUUUAACCAGGAAUUAUAAAGCCCUCAGUAAAGGUUCAAAAGGCAGUACCUCAGGCUUUUUGAACAUAAUGAUGGAACUCAAGAAGUGUUGUAACCAUUGCUACCUCAUUAAACCACCAGAUGAUAAUGAAUUCUAUAAUAAACAGGAGGCCUUACAGCAUUUAAUACGUAGCAGCGGGAAACUAAUCCUUCUUGACAAGCUACUGAUUCGUCUGCGAGAACGUGGCAACAGAGUUCUGAUUUUCUCACAGAUGGUGAGGAUGCUGGACAUCCUAGCAGAAUAUCUGAAGUAUCGUCAGUUUCCCUUUCAGAGACUUGAUGGAUCAAUAAAAGGAGAAUUGAGGAAACAAGCACUGGAUCAUUUUAAUGCAGAAGGAUCAGAGGACUUCUGCUUUUUACUGUCUACCAGAGCUGGGGGAUUAGGCAUCAACUUGGCAUCUGCUGACACUGUAGUUAUAUUUGAUUCUGACUGGAAUCCACAGAAUGAUCUACAAGCACAGGCUAGAGCGCAUAGGAUUGGACAGAAGAAACAGGUUAAUAUUUAUCGACUCGUCACAAAAGGAUCUGUAGAAGAAGAUAUUCUUGAAAGAGCCAAGAAAAAGAUGGUGUUAGAUCAUUUAGUAAUUCAGAGAAUGGACACUACAGGGAAAACCAUACUACAUACAGGCUCUACUCCUUCAAGCUCAACACCUUUUAAUAAGGAGGAGUUAUCAGCAAUUUUAAAGUUUGGUGCUGAGGAACUUUUUAAAGAACCUGAAGGGGAAGAACAAGAGCCCCAGGAAAUGGAUAUAGAUGAAAUCUUGAAGAGGGCAGAAACUCGGGAAAAUGAGCCAGGUCCAUUAACUGUAGGAGAUGAGUUGCUUUCACAGUUCAAGGUGGCCAACUUUUCCAACAUGGAUGAAGAUGAUAUUGAGUUGGAACCAGAAAGAAAUUCAAGAAAUUGGGAAGAAAUAAUUCCGGAACUCCAGCGGCGUAGAAUAGAAGAGGAGGAAAGACAAAAAGAACUUGAAGAAAUAUAUAUGCUCCCAAGGAUGAGGAACUGUGCAAAACAGAUCAGCUUUAAUGGAAGUGAAGGGAGGCGCAGUAGGAGCAGAAGAUACUCUGGAUCUGAUAGUGACUCCAUCUCAGAAAGAAAACGGCCGAAAAAACGUGGAAGACCACGAACUAUUCCUCGAGAAAAUAUUAAAGGAUUUAGUGAUGCAGAGAUCAGGCGGUUUAUCAAGAGUUACAAGAAAUUUGGUGGCCCUCUUGAAAGGUUAGAUGCUGUAGCUAGAGAUGCUGAGCUAGUUGAUAAAUCAGAGACAGAUCUCAGACGUUUGGGAGAGCUUGUACAUAAUGGAUGCAUUAAAGCUUUAAAGGACAAUUCAUCUGGACAAGAAAGAGCAGGAGGUAGACUUGGGAAAGUUAAAGGCCCAACAUUCCGAAUCUCAGGAGUGCAGGUGAAUGCAAAGCUAGUCAUCUCUCAUGAAGAAGAGUUGGCACCAUUGCACAAAUCCAUUCCUUCAGAUCCAGAAGAAAGAAAAAGAUACGUCAUCCCAUGCCACACCAAGGCUGCUCAUUUUGAUAUAGACUGGGGUAAGGAAGAUGAUUCCAAUCUGUUAAUAGGCAUCUAUGAAUAUGGUUAUGGCAGCUGGGAAAUGAUAAAAAUGGAUCCUGAUCUCAGUUUGACACAGAAGAUUUUGCCUGAUGAUCCAGAUAAGAAACCCCAGGCGAAGCAGUUACAAACUCGUGCAGACUACCUCAUUAAAUUACUGAAUAAAGACCUUGCAAGGAAGGAAGCACAAAGGCUUGCUGGUGCAGGCAACUCAAAGAGGAGGAAAGCAAGAACUAAGAAGAAUAAAGUGACAAAGGCUGCAAAAAUAAAAGAAGAAAUAAAAAGUGAUUCUUCACCGCAACCCUCAGAAAAAUCUGAUGAAGAUGAUGAUGAGGAUAACAAGGAUGAGAUUGUUUCAGUGAAACAACCACAUAAAAAAAUUAAAGCAGAAAAAGAAAAUGAAGAAAAGCCUGAGCCAGAUAUUGGUAUAAAGAAGGAAGCUGAAGAAAAAAGAGAGACAAAAGAAAAGGAAAAUAAGAGGGAUUUGAAAAGGGAGAAAAAAGAAAAAGAGGAUAAGAAAGAAUUAAAAGAAAAAGAUAUUAAAGAAAAGAGAGAAAACAAAGUAAAAGAAUCCACACAGAAAGAAAAAGAAGUAAAGGAAGAGAAGGUAAAUGAAAUCAAAUCUGAAAAUAAAGAAAAAACUAAAAAAAUGCCAUUGUUGGAUACUCCAGUUCAUAUUACUGCAACCAGUGAACCAGUUCCUAUAUUGGAAGAAUCAGAAGAACUGGAUCAGAAAACUUUUAGCGUGUGCAAGGAAAGAAUGAGGCCUGUCAAAGCAGCAUUGAAACAGCUGGACCGACCAGAGAAGGGCCUUUCUGAAAGAGAGCAGCUGGAACAUACUAGACAGUGUCUUAUCAAAAUUGGGGAUCACAUUACUGAAUGUCUAAAGGAGUACACAAAUCCUGAACAAAUUAAACAGUGGAGAAAAAACUUGUGGAUUUUUGUCUCUAAGUUUACAGAAUUUGAUGCCAGAAAGCUGCACAAACUGUAUAAACAUGCAAUCAAAAAACGCCAAGAAUCUCAGCAACAAAAUGACCAGAAUAUUAGCAGCAAUGUGAAUACACACGUAAUUAGAAAUCCAGAUGUGGAAAGGCUGAAGGAGAAUACAAACCAUGAUGACAGUAGCAGGGACAGUUAUUCUUCUGAUAGACAUUUGUCACAAUACCACGAUCAUCAUAAAGACAGGCAUCAGGGAGAUGCUUACAAGAAAAGUGACUCUAGGAAAAGGCCCUAUUCAGCCUUCAGCAAUGGAAAAGAUCACAGAGACUGGGAUCACUACAAACAAGACAGCAGAUACUACAGUGACAGUAAACAUAGAAAGUUAGAUGACUACAGGAGCAGAGACCACAGGUCAAACCUGGAAGGAAGUUUAAAAGACAGCCGGGCUCAUUCAGACCACCGUUCCCAUUCAGACCACAGGAUACAUUCAGAUCAUCGUUCCUCUUCAGAGUACAGCCAUCAUAAAUCUUCUAGGGAUUAUAGGUACCACUCAGACUGGCAAAUGGACCACAGAGCUUCAGGUAGUGGCCCAAGGUCACCAUUAGAUCAGAGGUCUCCUUAUGGUUCAAGAUCUCCCUUAGGACACAGAUCUCCAUUUGAACACUCAUCAGAUCACAAAAGUACACCUGAACAUACAUGGAGUAGCCGGAAAACAUAACAAAGACUGACAUUUUCUGGACCUUCUUUUAGCCAUAUACAGUAAACUAACACAGUAAUUGCCUUACAUGACUUGAAAGAUACAGACUGGAUAUUCUAUCAGUAGCAGUAUUGUUACUUCUUUCCAGGAUGCAAGGUCUAUUAUCCCAACAGAAGAAAAAUAUUUUUGUAUUUAAAGUUUAUGCUGCACUGUGCUGCAAAUGCUGUGGCACUCUUUUUUAAGAAAUGGAAGAUGUUUACUUUUACAGGGACCUCAACACUGCCCCUUUCAGACUGGAUCUUACUAUAAAACUCUUCAUGUCAAAGUGGUUUUAGGCUGAACACGUUUUAAAUUAUGUUUGUAAAUGAACUUUUAAACACUGACCUGUGCUCAUAUUUCAGGAAGGAAUGAGGAGUUUAUUUUCUUUUGUUUCUUAGUAAAGAACUCUCAAGGACUUUGUUCACUUUCCAAAGCUACUUGUUUACAUUGUACACUGCGACCACCUUGCCGCUUUUCAUCACAAGCUUGAAUAUUUAAAUUCUGUACCUAUAACUGUAAAAUAGCCAGGAUUUCUCCUGUUUGUGAUCAGUUAUAAUGCCUUUUUACAAAACAAACAAAAAUAAUAAUAAUAAUAAAAAAAACCACAAACAAAUGGCUGUAAAUUAUUGUAAAUUAAUUAAAUGAGCUUUUUUCCCCUCUCAGGCUUUUUUUGACUGUUCCUUUCCCCAACAACUCAGGCCUUCUUGUCACAAGUAUGAAACAAAAUCAAUGUACUUACAUGUUUUAGUAGAAUAUCUUGAUGGAAUCACUGUUCAGAAUGUAAAAAUGGGGAAAGGGAACAUUUUAUUCCAUUUAGUGCUCCUUUUUUAUGGAUACUUUAGAUACAUGGUUUGGGUUUUUUUUUGUUUUGUUUUGCUUUUUUUUUUCCUAUUAAACUGUCAGUGUUGUGAUUGUUUGUAAUGAAAUGGUAAGAAAUACCCAACUGAACUGUGCUCUGGAAAGCUUUUCAGGUGCAUUGGUUUUAAAGAAGGAGUGUUAACUAUCUGAACACUUCAGAAUCCAAAUCAGCCAAAAUUUAUUGUAAAUCCAUUUGUGUUCCCUCUUCAACUUGGGCAAUAAUGUCAAAUGUGCUAUGCAGCCAGUUAAUAUUUUAGAAGAUUUGAAUUACUUUAUUGACAGAAUUGUUACAACGCACACUGAUUGUACAUAGAUAACUUCUAUCUGACAAAUUAAAUUUAAACUAAAAGGACAUGUGGGCUCUUGUAGUUUUCUGCUGUGUUUUUCUCUACAGCAAUGCUUUUUCUCAGGUUUACCUUUAAAAGCAUUAAACUCUUAAGCACUAAAUUUUAAUAUGUAAUGCGAUGAUUAGGGAAGAUACUUAGCCUGGCAUCAUGUGGUUGGAGCUGUAUCUGUUGCUCCAGUUUUUCUCUGCUCUUGCAUUGUUGAGCAUUUUUUCUAGUUAAACGGGUUUAUAUGAAAGCAUUUCUAUAGCACCAAAAUCUGUCCAGAGUAUCUGUUAGGAUCUCAGUGUAGGCACAGUAGCUGCACAUUAAAUUUUAAGCCUGUUUAAUGUAGGAUGUGACUCAGUUAAUUAAUGCUGCUUCAUUUCUUAACUCGUCAUCUUCCCAGGAUCUGGAGGGUUUUGAGUUGUUCUGCUUUUGAGCUGAAUUGCUGAAGCAGUGUUGAGGCAGUGAGAGCGUUGUCUGAUAAGGCUGUGCAUGGGUGCCAUGUGUCUUCUGCUUCCAGUGGUGACAGUCGAGAAGUUGGAGCGUCUCCACAAGCACUGGCUGGUUCUUACUGCUUGGGUAUUGCACAGAUCCAUCAGUAGAGCACAGAGAGAACAGUCCCACUGAGCCGGGUUCACCAUCACUGUAGCCGUAUUCCGGCAUUGUGGCUGAGCGUGUCUAACAUAACACGGUUAGUCUGCAUCCAUUUUUGUUAAAGGUGUCUCAGGUGUCUCUGAAAUAAGCACGACAAAACACUUGGUGGCUUUGAUGAUUAGGAUCGUUGGCAGUUAGUCUACUUAGGCUGUGUUAACUUUCAUUCAAUUGUAUUCACAGAUCUACAAAUCACACUUGCAACUGUUUAAAUUUUCCCCCUCUGGUUUCAAUUAAUUAUCAAGUACAAAGUUUGAUGGUGGAGAUAGCUUCCAUUGCUUACGAUGCUGACUGUUAACAGUGUAUUUUACUAUUUAGGAGAAUCCCAUGUCCUCUGUAAAUAAGCCAUAAAUAAUUCAUUUUCCAUGCACACAGAUUCAGUCCUUCUUUUUUUUAUUUUUAAUGAAAAGUCUUCAAGGAAUGUGUCCGGUUCCAAAGCAUCCGUCAGAUACUAAUGUUGCCUGUCUGUAAGAGAUUUUGGAAAGUAAGAAUUCUGGUGACUGGAAGAGAACUAACUCCUUGUAUGGCAAUUGAUAAAGAUUCAGGUGUUUCAUCUACCAUGCAUUGAAGUCUAAGAUUUCCAUUUUAAUCCUGGUAUGUAUUUCUAGUCUACCAUUCCCAGUACUACCUAAAAAAAGUAGAUGGUUGGUCAGGAGCGGUUUCAAUCUCCAGUGUUAACGUUCAGCAACGACAGCUUUUUUUGGUAGGAAAUCACCUCACCAUUACUUAGGAAGAUGGUCAGGACUGAAGACACACUAAAGGAGAUCAUCUUGACACAGCUUUUCUUCCUAAUGAGUAGCCUUUUACUGCACGUUUCUCCAUGAUCAAGUUUUAUUUGAACAGCAAAUUAAUUAAAUCCUCGCUUCUUUUUAUGUACUAUGGCUGAAAUGAGGUGGCCUCAUUUUUACCUGAACAGAAAUAAACGUAGACCAUCUCUUGCUUCUAUGAGAGAGCAGUGGAGAUCAUUAAAAUAGAUAAUACCAGGAAUGAGUCACGCACUUGUGCUGAUGAAGGUUUGUUUUACUGAACUAUGUUGGGACAGAUACGUAGUGCUGUCAGUUGUAUCUCUCCAUGCUGCUUCAAACUUGAUGAAUCUUUUAUUUGUGAAACGCUCCAGAAGCAGUAGCUGAGAAAUCCAGGAGAAGAAAGAAAAGGCCGUUCAUGGAAUUCAUUAUUUGUUUUUUAUCCCCUGUGUUUUUCUUUGUAGUCCAAUUAUUCUUAAGAUAAAAGUUGAGAACGACUGAGUAAUGGCACAUUCUGGUCCACCCAUCCUUAUACUCUCACACUGUAUGGGGUCAGUGAAAGAUCUUCCUUUAGAUGUGGCAAUACUAAAACAAAGAAUGCUCCUGGCAUGUGUUUCCAACCCCCUGGCCCUAGCAAUUUCUUGGUAACUAUCUUAUUUUUUUAUUUUCAAAACUUUUAACAAGUGAUAAAUUGCUCUGGGAUAAAUCAUGACAUUUAAUGAUGUUAUUUUGCAUAAAGAAGUAAGAAUUGCCAUAUGUCCUGCUGAAAAGAAAAUAACUACUUCUAGACCUAACAUAUAAAGAAAAUAAUUCUACUUUUUAAAUUGUAGCUUCUUCAUCAGCCUAUUGUGGUAGCUGCUUGCUUUGUUUUACACUUUGAAGCUCAGCAUUAGGCUUUUAAUUUAUAUUAUAUCAAUAUAAUUCCCACUUAAAAUAUACCAGUAGAGUAAAUUUUUUAAAAAUCUUCGGUAUUUGUUUGUAUUCUGUAUGAUAUAUAUUGUAGAAAAAAUUGCCGGGGGGACGUUGCUUUACAGAAAAGUGGCAAGUCUUGGUCAAGUGUGUAAUUUUCAGUUUACUCCAAAAGUUCAUUAUUUACAUAAACAGAUAAAUACAGAAAAUUUGCACGCAUUUAUUGUGGAUUAUCAAGACUGUAUUUCAAAUUUGUUUUCUUCCAUUGUAUAAUAUGACUUAUCUUCAUGAACCUUAAUCAUUUACAGGACGUAAACUGAGCAACAGUCCUUUGAGAUACGUAAGUGCUAGCUGGAUUUUAUGACCAAACUUCAAAGCGAUUAAUUAUAGUUCUAUGUUUAGUCAACACCUGAGGUCUAACUGUAACCCCAAACUACUUAGUCUAAGCUUGAUUCAUUACACUACUACUUUUAUUCUAGCUCUGAGGAAAAAUGUAGCCGUGGAGUGGUCUACAGUAAUAUAUAUGAAUUAUAUGUGGGGUAGCUGCUCUCUGAUCCUUGGCUAACGGCUUCAUCUUUCUGCAACAAGUGACACACAGCCUUUGGCCACAGCAGGUAACGUGGCCUCAUGUGGAGGUUCCUGCACACCUGGACCUCUCUUCCGUUAUAGAGAUAACUUGGAAGACAUCUCUUGCGUGUAUCGUGGAUGUAUGAAUAGUCAGGCAGUAGUGCUCUGUUUCCCCUAACCCUCCUAAGGUGUUUCCGUGGCGGUAUGUGUUUUCUGUUACGUGAUUGGGUACAAAGAAGAUACCGAUCAAUUUGCCUCCCACCCCACGGCCACAAAGGACCCUGCGGCGCCUUGAGAAACGGGGCAGCAGGACACAGACUGCCAGAACAAUUCGUACGUUGCACAGGUCCACCUUGGGCAACAUUUUGAGGGCCUCUGGUAAAGCAGCGCCGAGGGAUGGGCCAUGGGCCAGGUCUCAUUGGCAAACCACCGCAUGGGCACGCUGCUAGGAGCAGAAAGAAGAGGAGGUUCAUGGAAUUUCUUGUUUCUUAUCCUUUUCAUUUUCCUCUAUAGUCCAAUUACUUGCUGAGAAAAUGAAUCCAGCUGUCCCAGCUCUUUCCUGGAAUUGAUUUGCAAACUUUUAAUACAACAUGUGCCUUUUUUGUGUGAAGGUUGUAAAUGAAAGCCAGUGAAAAUACACACUGCUCACUAAAGCCAUAUGAAAUAUUUUUCUGUUUAGGAUUUCCUGCCAAAAAUACUAAUCCUAAACUUGAGCAAAGUGGUGGAACUAAUUGUGAGAGCUGGGCGUUACCACAGUUGAUGCUGUAUAGUUGAGAGGUAGCACGUUUGCACCAACAAAAAAAGGAGGGUAUUGCUGGAAGGAUGACAGUCUUACAGCUGUCUGCGGGGACAUGUCUAUGUUUGUGGGAAGGAGGAGUCAGGUGAGUGUGUAUUUCUCGGGUGCCAGCCAAGUGAUGGCUGGGGAGAUGGUGCCCCAGGGUCCUGCCAGUCCCUCUGAUCCGUGCUGCUCAAACACGAAGGGCCCCAGCCCAGCUCAGAACUGAACGCCUCUGAUUUUCUCAGCCCAAAUUCCCACCCCACAGCUUCACCCUCAGUGUUUCUCACGGUGCGUUUUUAUCAAUCUACCCCAGCAGCAAGGAAGGAAAGCCUUUCUCUCAGCUCUCCUCUCCCUCUCACCAUCGCUCAGCUUCUGAAUCCAUCUUCCCAAGCCUAUUCCAGCUUUCUGCCAACACCCUUAAUUGCACCCUCCAAUCAAUUUGUUUUCUCCAGGGCCUCCAUCUCAGUGCACUCAUACACAUAACCUCCAGACCCCCAACAGCUGAAUUUUUUUGAUGUGUGCUGUUGCUAUUGCUAGUCAAUACCGACCUUCACUUCUCAGCUGGCCGUUGCAAUAGGUGAAGCUUGUGCAUUGCAUAAAAUCAAAGCUUGAAUUCUCAUUUUGGUGAGGAUUUUGGAAACCCAGGCAGAUUACUCUUCCCCAAAAUCAACCAAGGGGUUGACAUCCCAGGGGAGAAGUUAAUCGUGUGACAUAUCUAGGAUUCCGUGAAGCACGUUUUGUUCUUGGUAAAUGCUUAAUGAAGAGCUCGUAUCUGACAUGGGGGCCUGCUGUAAUAACUGCUAGGCUAAAAAUCAUGUAGAGGAAUGAAGGUGAGAAAGAGAAGGCGAGAUAUGGUGCAAGUCAGUUCUUAAGCUGUUAACAGGGAGCUGGCAAAACUGCUAGAACGGGUAAAACCAGAGUGCUCCGGAGCACAGCGGUUUAAUACAGAUGGUGCUUGUUGCUGCAAUAGCCCCGUUUUUGGCAGCUCUGCAGACCAUCGGAGUAGUUUAAUGGCAGCUGAAAGACUACAAUCAAGAAGUUGUCCUAAUAGCGGCUACUGUCAUUUCAUGAGCUUUAUUGAAGGUGAGCUGAAAAAUACAUAAUUAUUGAAGACUUAUGGAAAUUGCUGAUUCAAGACUUUGAGACGUUUUAAAACAUAAACUUUUGGUCCUGUUGGAAGGCUCAAAUUUAGAUCUAGAUUUAGUUCAUGCACUAAGGCUGAAGCCCAAAGAACAUACUUGGAUGUUAUUAUUAUUUAUUUGCUAAAAGUAAAUAUUUUAUUUGUCACUGGUUUGUCAGCAAGCUCAGUUUUAAGUCUUUCUUGUCUGAAAAUAAAUAUCUGGAAAUCAUGUCAGAAAAUCACAUACCGCUGAUCACAUGUAAGAAAUUAAUCAGAGACCUUUUAUUACUGCAAUACUUUGAGACCGCAACUGAGUUUUAACUGCAAUAGAGUUAGUACUUGCUGAAGUAAUUGGAGAAUUUUGAAAAUUAUCUUCUCACUCAUCAUUUAAAAUUAGCUGCUGGUUUUUGUUUGUAGCAAUCCUAGCAUUGAUAAGCGACUACUUGUCCUCAAACCAGGACACUACCUGUAGUGUACAGACAAGUUAAUAUUAAAAAAUGUUUCUUUAAUAUUCUUUUUAAUCACAGAGGAGCAAAGAGAACUUCAAAGCUCUGAUUUUUGUAAGCAUAUAAAAUUAUUAUGCUUCUAAGUGAUACUUAAUUUAAUCUUAUAUUACAAGUUUCUGAGAUACUUAAGAAUAUAUUCUGUGAAACUAUCUAUGCCUAUCAGUAUCAUAAUUAAGUAAGUGCUAUGUCUUGUGAAUCUUGGAAUUGUGAAAUGUAGUCAAUGACUGAGCAACACACAUAACUACGAUGGCACUGAGCCUCUGUAAUAAAACUGUCAGAAGUCCAUAGCCUUAAAUGCCUUUCAGUUCUUUGGUCUGGAACCAACUGCUCCAUCUCUUUUUGGUACUGUUUGCAAAGGAGUUGCUAAUAUGAGAGAUAGCUUUCUGUUUUAAAGUAUUAA